AUGCUGCUGCAGGCCUCUCUGUCCCCGAGGGAAGGACCUGCCCUCCCUCGCCCUGUCCUGCCCCUGACUGAACUCCGCAGCGUCUCCGCAGGGGACACUACCAGGCCAUGGCCCCCAGCCGCGCUCCCCGCCCGCGCACCCCACGACAGGUGGUGCGGGCGCCGCCGCCGCCGCCGCCGCCGCCGCUCGCCUGGAAAUGCGAGCUACCUGGACAGUGACAUUUCUGAGAAGUCCCCUUCAGCUUCAAGAGACAAGAAGAGCCAUGCCUUCAGGGCUUGCCGCUGUGCGGACACUGUUUUCCAGGACUCACAAAAAUCCUCAACCCCCAGCCAUGGGCAAAAGAUGCCAUCAGACAAAAAGAUGAAGACGCCACCGUCACCGCCGCCACCACCGUUGUCACAGACAUGGAAACGAGACCGAGAGCAGUCCCUGGUGGCUUCCUUUGUACCAGUAGUGGUGGAUCCUCGGGGACACAACCCAAAUAACAUCAGGUUCAAUUUCUACACCUCCCAGUACUCCAACUCUCUGAACCCCUUCUACACCUUGCAGAAACCCACCUGUGGCUACCUGUACCGAAGGGAGACUGACCACACCCGCAAACUUUUCGACGUUCCUCCAGCCAACCUGAUCUUGUGGCGUACCUAAGUCCACGGCAUCU